UAGGGGCUGGUGGACAGGCUGUCGCGGGGAGGCUGGAAAAUCUUAUGGAAAACCAAACCAACAUUGGAGUAUUAAUAGCAGCGGUGUCUUACACUUGUAUCACAGCGUUUAAGAGGCAGGCCGGCUCUUCUGACUGCGUACUUGAAGUAUAAAAGCCGGUCAUUAUGGAGCAUUGCUGGAGAUUGACGGCGGGUACCUCCCAACAGGAGCUGCUUUAUAGCUCCCGUAGCUACCCCAUGUGAGCCUCUAUUUUAGCAGGCACACAUGUCUUUUUUUUAAUUUGUGGUACUGCAUAAGUUAGCCUCUGUUUUCAUCCAGGGUUAGUCAGCUCUCUGCGUUUAUUCAUCUGUACCUGCUCAACAUCCGUCUGCUUCCAAGAAGACAUGUCCGGGACCCACUACUGAGAGUUUGUUUCUCACAAUAUUUAAAAUAAUUCAAUGAAAAUGAAGUCGUCUCUGGCUCCUGGGAUAAGACUUAUCACCAACUUUUCUCGGGAUAGUUGGUAUCGUGGUUUUAUUCUCAUCCUCACCUUCCUGUUCUACACAGCCUAUCACUUGUCACGGAAACCUAUCAGCAUCGUUAAGAGUGAACUGCACAGAAACUGCUCCAACGUCAUUCAGCCAAAAGACAUUAAUAUAACCAAUAAUGUUACCUGGUGUGAUUGGCCACCCUUUGACCAGGACAACUAUCAGACACUGUUUGGGGUCUUGGAUAACUGCUUUCUGGUUGCUUAUGCCAUCGGGAUGUUUUUCAGUGGGAUAUUUGGUGAGCGUCUCCCUCUGCGGUACUACCUGAGUGUUGGGAUGUUGAUGAGUGGGUUGUUCACAUGUCUGUUUGGCCUCGGCUUCUACUGGAACAUCCACUCACUGGGGUACUACGCCUUCGUCCAGGUCAUGAACGGGCUGGUGCAGACCACCGGUUGGCCAGCAGUGGUGGCUUGUGUUGGCAACUGGUUUGGAAAGGGGAAGCGUGGCUUCAUCAUGGGUGUGUGGAACUCCCACACCUCAGUGGGAAACAUCCUGGGCUCCCUCAUUGCGGGAGUCUUCGUCUCCACGGCCUGGGGAUUAUCCUUCAUCGUCCCCGGAAUCAUCAUCGCCUGCACUGGGGUCCUGUGCUUCUUCUUCCUGGUUGAGAAACCUGAAGACGUGAACUGCUCAUCUCCUCAGCAUCAUAGUGGUCAGGAGAGGAGUCAGGAGGGUGGUGAGACGGCGCCUCUCUUGCGGGACUCAGCCAUUGUUGAUCCAUCCAUCAAUGGAGCCGUCUCCACUGAGCCAGACGUGAUUGUUGAGGAGCACAGCGAGGCCAUCAGCUUCUUUGGAGCGCUGCGCAUACCUGGCGUGGUGGAGUUCUCGCUCUGUCUGCUUUUCGCCAAACUGGUCAGCUACACCUUCCUCUACUGGCUUCCUCUCUACAUCUCAAAUGUUGCACAUUUUGAGGCAAAAGAAGCAGGAGAUAUGUCGACAUUAUUUGAUGUCGGAGGAAUCUUGGGAGGCAUCUUGGCGGGCCUUGUGUCUGACUACACUGGGGGGAGGGCGUCGACGUGCUGCGUCAUGCUGGUUGUUGCUGCCCCCAUGCUUUUCCUCUAUAAUAACAUUGGGCAGAGGAGCCUCGGUACUACAAUCGGUAUGCUGUUAUUGUGUGGAGCCCUGGUGAAUGGACCUUAUGCUCUUAUCACAACUGCUGUAUCUGCUGACCUGGGGACACACGAGAGUCUGAAAGGAAACGCCAGGGCGCUGUCGACAGUGACUGCAAUUAUUGAUGGGACAGGAUCAAUAGGAGCUGCACUGGGUCCUCUGCUGGCCGGUGUGAUCUCACCAACUGGCUGGAACAAUGUCUUCUACAUGCUCAUCUCUGCUGACGUUUUAGCCUGCCUGUUUUUGUCCAGGCUUGUUUACAAGGAAGCUCAGAGAUGGUGUGGGUGUGGACCCAGAGCCAGAGGGUUCAAUGAGCUCUGAAAUCAAAGUGAAAACCAAAACACACAAAGGGAGGAAACAAUGAUGAAACUGACCUCACCGUACAACCAACUAACUCUUUUUUUUUAACUUCCAACUUGGACAAUCUUCUGCUGGGCUGAUGAUUGAAGCCUUCUAACUGUACGACAGUAUGCUUCUAUAAGGAGACAAAUGUCUUUUUGAGGACUAAUCCACUCAUUCUUACUUGUUUUUAAUGUUCUUUUAGCAUUAAAUGGUUUACACUGUU